AUGAACCUAAAUCUGUCUGAUUUAUUGAAGGGAAAACAACAAAGAAAAGAUACACGGCCUUCCUGCGGCCCCCUGGCGGCGGCAUCACACAACGCGGAACAAAACAAUGGCCAAGUAAACCUCACGAGAAACACUAUAGAAAAUGACUACAUUGAUGUUCCCAUUCCUAGGGCUCGUGUACAUGCCCAACGCAAGUUUGCUCAAGGAUCCCAACCAAACAGUCCAGCUCCCACGCCUGUCAAGGAGACGCGAGAGCUACGAGAGAGGAGCAUUUCCACUGAUACGAGAACUCGUGCCACAGCUCAGACCCAUCCUCCACCGCCUCCUGCCCUGGACAUAGUGGAAGUCCCAGGGAGACCAACAGUAGAGGACUUCCUUACGUUCCUCUGUUACCGGGGGACAUCACUGUUACCUCCAGGCUUGGAGCACUUCAACACCCCUCAGAUUUUGGAAAUUAAUGCUGACAGCCGAAGCCAAAGUCCUGCUAGAGAUGAUAAAAGCAAACCAACAAAGAAGAAGCAAGAUGCUCCCUCACAGGACAAGAAGGAGAAAGAGUUGUCAAAGGAGGCUGUCAAGAAGAACUUGGACCAAACUACGGAGGCAGAAGGGUCAGGCAGUACUCCUGUCAGAGUUACCAGGAGCACUCCUCAGCCACCUCAGGUUCCUGCAGACUCUUCAAGAAAGCUCUCCAAGAGGCUUUUAGUCAAGAAAGCCUUGCUCAUCAAAUCCAAAGCUAAAAACCUCAGGAUACAAGAAAGGAAAGGUGUAAGUCUAAGGAGGUCUGAAGUUUUGAACUCAAGCAACAUCCAAGCUUCAGUUGUGGCAACACGUUCUGGGAGACUCCUUCACAAGUACCGUGUAUCGGCUACGACUGCCAUGGCACGGAAGAAGGCCAGGGUGGCUAAACUCUCUUCCAUACGUCCAAAACAGAAGCUGUCAAGGAUUUUGCAAAGAUUGGGUGGCACAGUAUCAUAUCCAGAAAGUAGACCAACCAGGGUAACACGUAGCAAAGUUGAAGGCAAGGAAGAGGCUGCCAAUGAGAAGAGCAAUGAAGAGGAGGAUCCAAAGGUAAAGCCUGAGGAAGAAAAGCAAAGCGAGACAAAGACAGAGACUACAAAGGGGAAUUCCCCUGAAGCAGCCCCUGCAGGGCCUUCCAAUAGACUGAUAAAGAAGAAGGAAGAGAGAAAGAAGUUUAUUAUGAAAAAAGUUGUCAGAGUUAGAAAAGAAAAUAAGACUGAUUCCCCAGAGGAAGGCACUAUCGUAGAAGCUGUAUCUACAAAACCAGUGAACCCACCCCCACCUACACCACCCGCUGAUGAAGUUCCUAUGUCCAAGAGAUUACGUAGAAGUACACAAGAAACAACACCACAAACUCCACAGAAGAAAACUUCACCUACAUCUUCUGCAGCAGCAUCUCCUAGUGCUCCCCAAACCCUUAAAAAAUCUGCCACUUCUAAUACAGCAGCAACAUCCCACAAUGCACAUAAAAAGCCCUCUCCCCCUCCUUCAUCCAGCAGUUCUCCAGUAGAUCAAAAGAAAUCUUUAGUUGAUACAACCCCGAGUUCUUCUCAGGCUUCACAGAAGAAAUCAUUACAGUCACAGAAUUCUACCUCCUCUAAUAGUCCUACCCCACAGCAGAAGAAAAUCUCUCAGCCUUCUGCAGCUCCUUCCCCAACGAUUGGCUCCAGUCCUCAGCAGAAAAAGACUAACACUUCAACCUCUGCUGUAUCUACCCCACAAAAGAAGGGUUCCCCUGCAUCUUCUCCUGGUUCACCAAGUACAAAUAGAAAAAUGGCAAAUACAAGAGAAAGCAGAAGAGGCAAGGAGAGUUCAGCACCAGCUCCUGUGGACACAAAUGAACGUGUGGUAGUGGAAGAGGCAGAAGCAAAUACUGGGGUUCGUGCUAGGCCUAGCAGGCGCACCAAAGAAGCUGCAACAGUUUACUUGGAACUUAUUGGUCGUAAACUGGCUCAGGAAUCAAAAUCAAAACAAAAGACUUUUGAUGAAGAAGAUGAAGAUGAAGAGGAAGAUGAUGAUGCUAUCUCUGUUAGCAGUAUUAUGGAUCUAAAAGCUUUAGCUAAAAGUAAAGGUCGUGAAGCAGAACAGGAAGAGAAGAAGAAACUCAAGCCACAGGAAAGUUGUACAUCUGAAAGUGUCAGACAGACACGUAAUGCUCGAGGAGACAGAUCACCGUCUGUUGACACAACUAGCCCAAAAACAAGCACACUCCGCAAGUCUCUAAGGAAGAGUCGAGAGUCCUCUGAUCAAGUGGAUGAAGACAAGACUACAAAGCCAGAGGCAGCAACUGUGGAAGCUGGGCGCGUGACAAGAAGAACUCCAUCAGUGAAAGAUGAAUCCUCCAAUUCUGCAUCAGAAGAUCGGCCUUCCACCACGACAAGAAGGAGCAAGAAGGUGGAGAAGAGUGAGGCUUCUCCUGAUGAAGAAUCUGUGAACAUAACUCCUUCACCAGCUAUCUCUCAGCCACCUCCAGCUGCACCUCAGACUUCACUUCCAGUCAGAGUUGUGUCUAGAAGUUUGAGAAGAACAAGAAGUGAUGCAGAUGAGCCCAAGAAGAAAGACUCCCGUCCAUCCUCAAGAAGGGCAUCUUUAGAACUGGAUAGUUCCCUGGAUGUCUCAGGCCUUAGGAGAGCGACUAGAGGGAGGGACCGACAGGAUUACAAGGAGAAUGAAAGUGACAAUGAGGAUAUAGAAAAAGCCUUGAAAAAUACUCGUGCAAAGCUGGAGUUGCGCAGAAUACAGGGUGGGGUUUCUGAUCAGGUGUCAUCUUUGAAAGUUGAAACUGAAGUUGAAGAGGAAGAGAAAUCUGUGAAAAUGAGAACUCGACGUGCCGGUAAUGAUGGGUCUAGUUCUGAGAAAGCAGAAAAUACUGUAAAUAUAAAUAAAACAUCAGAUAAAUCGACUAGCAGACAGACAACCAGUGGACCAAAAUUGGAAAAGGAUAAUGACAGUAAAAAUCACAGUGAGACAGAAAUAAAUUUAGGAAAUGUUGUGAAUGCUGAAGUUGACAAGAAAGAUAGUCAAGAUUCUCAGUUAGAUAGUAAGAUAGUGAAUAGUGAUGUGGAGAAGGCUCCUGGUUCAGGAAGCAAGUCAAGAAGGACUGUGUCACAAGAGAGAAAAGAACACUUAUUGUCCAAAGAUGGUGGUAGGCUUUCAGCAGUUAGGAGUGCAGACAACUCGGACAGUACUGAAAGUGGUGAAGUAAGUGAAACAGUGACUAGGCCAAACAGUAGAGGCAAAGCUGCAGCAUCCACAAAUAAUACAGAAACUACUAGUUUAGAAACAAAUGAGAAAAGAAUGGUGGGAUACCCCAAUAAAAGGAAAGCAAUUGGUGGCAGAAGGAGAAGUAGCAAUCAUGAUGAAGCAAAACUCAAUGAAGUUCUGGAAAGUGUUGCAAAAGACUUUGAGAGGGACAUUGAUGAUGAUCAUUAUGACAGGCUAGAAAAGGAUUUCAUGUUAGGAAACAAAUCCCCAGAAAAAGUGAAAGGUGAUAAGUCUCUUGUUACUGAUAAAGAGGACUUGAGUGUCUCAGAGUCAAGUAACUCGUGCAUGGAUGACAGCAAAAGUACAAGCUCGACAGAAUUCACAAUUACAUCUUCAGUAAGUGCAAAAACUUCAAGUGCCCCGGUUUCACAGUCGGGUAGCAGUAGCCCCAGCCCUAAUAGGAGAAGUGCAAAUAGUAGAAAAUUAUGUGAUGUAGUCCGCAGUCUUCAAAAGAAGCAGGCAGAGUCUCCAAGUACAGUAACAGAUGCAGAGAAACCAACAUUUUUAAAGGAUCUCAACAACUGGAGUUCGGAUAAGUCGAGGCAAGUAAGUCCACAGUCAGGUCAUGACCUUCAGUCCUCCGGUACUACCUCAGCACCCACCAUAAGGCCACAGAGUGAUACCACCACGUCAGAGACUGUACAUAGUCCCAGUGCACCUUCUACCCCAGAAAACACAACCUUGAUCUCUUCUAAGGCACCUUCACAGACACCUAAGCUAGCAGUCACCACCCCCAAGGCUGCACCUGCCAAAGCUAGUACCAACAAACCUUCCUCCACCUCACCCACCUCAUCACCCAUCACUAGUCACAAUCCAGCACCAGUGGUGACUGUAACUUCAUGUUCACCAGCACUUGCACCUACUACCACUGUUACCUCCAGCUUGAGCAAUGCAACCAUUUCUGCUACAACAGAUUCUAACACAGUGCUUUUAGGAAUGUCUUCUGCUUCACCAGUCCACAAAGUUGUCACUUCAGCAUCAUCUUCAUCUGCCCAGACUACCAGUGAUGAACAUUUAACAGUUCUGCCAAGCAUACCAGUUUCCAUCAAGCCAUCAGUAACAGUAAAUGUCACUAACUCUGGAUUUUCUUCACCUGUCACUAUGUCACGUGUUCAACAGUUUCCUUGUGUGACUACCCCUGGAUCAGUUGCAAGUCCCAAAGCAGUGGAAUUAGCACCUGUGAAAGGUACUUCUAAGCAGCUUCACAUUGCACCCAAGCCAGUUAAAACCCCCUCGUCAUUAGCAACCUCAACACCUGCUGGCCAGGUGUCUAUAUCUGUCUUGCCUCCAGGAACCCAGAAGCAAAUGCCUAAGCCUGUACAAAUUGCUCCCAAACCUCCUGCUGGUACAUCUCACAAUCUGCCAAAUACUCAACUUGUAGCCCCACAGCCAGGUCACAUGAUGCAGACACAGGUACAGGCACAGGUACAAGCUAUACCACAAGUUCAGACAGUUCAAGCAAUACCUCAGCCUGUACAAACCCUGCAGGCAAUCCCUCAGCCAGUACAAACUGUGCAAACUCUUACUCCCCCCAUGCAGACAGUAACUGCUAUGCCAAUGCAGGCUGUCAUGACUCAGUCUCUUAUUGAUCCGACACAAUUGGUAACCCCAUCUUCACCAGCCAAGAUUAUUACACAGCCAAUUUUUGUAACUUCAUCUAUGCAGAGUGCAGUCACAUACAGUAUUUCACCCCAAGCAAUAGGUCAGAGUCAUUUACCAGGCAAUGUGAGUGCAGUAGCCCGAGUGUUAACACCAACUAUGGUGGGCAAGGUGGCAGCAAAACCGCAGCCUCAUCUAAUGACCCCGAAGGUACCAGGUCCUCUUGUUACCUUUACUACAGGUGCAGUUGGUGGCUCCAGUGCUGUUAGACCAAUAGUUCCUCUACCACAACAAGUGCAAGCACCACAGCAACCACAGAUACUUGCUGUCAGUGUCAUGCCUGUUGGGUCAACCCAUGUCUCAUCAAUGCCCGGACAGGCAGGGCUACUACCUGGUACACAAGGCCCGAUGAUAACAACUGGUCAUCCUGCUGGACAGCAUCAUGCUUUUAUCCCAGUUACUGCAGCAAAUCAGCCAAAUCAGCCACAGCCUCACAGUGCUAUGCCUCUCACACAAUCUCCAGUAUGUGCUUCUACAUCAGCUUCUCAGGUGCCUAUUGCUUCUGACACUGCUAACCUUUCUUUAUCAUCAACAGAAGUUGUGAUGAAUUCCCAUAUUGAUAGUAGUUCAUCAAGUGGAACACAGUCAGAACCAGUUCCUCUUAAUCAGCAAAACAAACCAGGUUUAGCUGACCAAAAUUUGAAUUCUUCAGUUUCCCCAGUAACAUUUAACAAUACUGAAGCAAUAUCUAGUCUUCCUUCUAACACAAGCAAUGCAAACCCCUCUAGUACCAUUGCUGCUUUAACUCCAGACAACCCACAUCAAUCUACAUUACCUGUACCAAAAGUAAGCAGUAGUGUGCCUGUUGUGGCAGGAGUGAAAGGUGCAUCAACUGUGAAAGUUGACAGUCCAAAUUCUGCACAGGCAUGUAAAGUAGUUGAAAACGCUUUUAGAAGUGGGAUACCUGGGAAUAUUAAAAUCACAGAAAUUCCCAAAGGGGGUGUUAGAAGUAAUGGGCCAGUUCAUAUUGCAAAUGUAAAACCCAAAGUCACAAUAUCACAGAUGCAAGUGAAAGCUCAAAUGGCUUCCCCAUCUGUCACUAUAACAACAUUAAAUGAUACUCCCCAAUCCAUUAAACAAAGUGUAGCUAAUGGAUCAAAGAUGGCCAGUUCAUUCAAACAGACUAGUACAACUUCCAGUGUAGCACUGAAAUUAACAUCAAGUGUUAGUGUUGUACAGCACAAAUCCGGAACGGGUAAAAAUUUUGUUGCACCAUCUCAAGUGGAAAAGGAAACUUUUGUUUCAAAUCCUAUCACAAUAGUAGAGAAAGAUAAAGCUGGGAACAUAAUGCCUAGUACUAAUAUAGAGAAAGAAGUAGCAAAUCCCCCUGUAGCAAAAACAGACAAGGAUGAUUCAUCUCCAGUGGCUCAAGAUAAAGGUGAUACCUCUACUCCUGAUCUUCCUGUUUCUACAUCACCUCAUGCUCAGCAUAAAGCAGAUAAAGAAGAUCAAGGGGGAAUGCUGCAGGUAAAGACAGAAAAAGGAAAGAAUGUGAUUACAUCUAUUUCACCUUUUAAAAUGCAAGAAUUGAGAACUGUUGAUAAGGGUCAGAAUGUUAAUGGAAAGAAUCCAGGUAACAUGGAGAAGUCACAAGAGAAGAAAAAUUCUGACAAAAAGAAAGAACCUUUACUAAAGAGAACUUUAUUCAAGACAAAAAGUCAGGAGGAGAAGAAGCCUCCGGGUAUGUCUCCAGUGUACAGAACAAAGAGUCAGGAAGAAAAGAAGACAUCAAAUGCUUUCUCACCUCUGCAUGAAAGUAGUGUAUAUGCAUUUGAACCUGACUUUGAGUCUUCGCCUCUGGAGGAAACUUCUCCAUUCUCACAGAGAAUAAAGAACAUUCAGCCAUCUCCUGGAACAUCACCUGUAAAACCAAAUAAUGCAAUUAAACCUCAGCUACCUACCCUUCAUUUGAAUAAGCCCCCUGCCAAGGCAGCAGGACUUCACACUCCAGCUAGAUCCCCAGUGGCAAGAUCUUUAGCACCAAUGAUUGCAGGUAGGCCAAAGUCUUCAACAGGAACAAGCCCAUCAGGAGUUACUGCACCAUCCCAACCAGCAACAGCAGGAAAGAGACCAGGUGUAACAUCACCUCCAGCACCACUAACAAAGGCAGCUAGUAUUGGGACAGAAACUCAAAUUGUGAAUAAGUUGAAUCAGGGUGAAGCUACUCCAGCAGUGGCUAAAGCUUCAGAAGACCAGAUGAAGGUUGGGGCAGAGUGUGAAAUAUCAUCUUCAAGUGAAGGAACUGCUAAGAAAAGUGUGAGCAGCACAUCAAUUGCUAUUCAGUGUGAUAUGGAUGAAGGAAUGGAAGUUGUCAGUGAGAAUGGUGUACGUGCCAAUGAAAGUGGGACUCAGACUGAGGGACCAAGUAAAUUUCCCCUGCCUCCAACUGCUUCUCCUUUUUAUUACCUUCCAUUGGCAAUGGCAGCUCUUGGGGAAAAACUCCCUGCUCAGUUGGUGCAACAGAUGCUGGCUAAAACUCAAGGUUUAGUUGGUGCCGCAGAGGCAGGUAUGAUUCUUCAACAGGCAGCUCAGCUUGCACAGCAGCAUCAAAAAUUACAGCAACAGGGAACUCCUGGGGCCACUCCCAUUUCUAGUACAUCUGCAGUAAAACCCAUAAAGCCAUCAUCUAUCCCAGGGUUAGCUGUAGCCCCACUUCUUUCAGGAACACCUGGGAAUCCUAAUGUUGUUUCAGUUAAUCUUGUGAGACCUGUUGUUAAAGCUCAGGAGUCUUCAUCAUCAGGUAGUGAGAUAUCUGUUCAAUCCCCUGUCACAGUCACCUCUGUUACUAGCACAUCCCCUGGUAAUACUGUCACCACAUGUACCUCUUCAACCUCAGUUCCUCUCCCGGCUGUCACUACCCACUGCAAUACAACUAGUACCUCUGCCCCUGCAGUCACAACUCUUGCCUCAGCUUCCACCUCCCCAUCCCCAGUUACUGCUCGACCAGGAGUCAGUAGAAUUGAUGCUAAACCUACCCAUAUACCUCCUCAUAGACCUCAGCCUACUCCAUCAGUCCAGCCAAGUGAAGAGGUGAGCACUCCAUCCUUAGCCAAACCAACAAAAUCAGGAAGACAAAAAGAAAAGGAAGACUCGUCUAAAACACACACAGAGGAUGCAGAGCCUCCUGCCCGACGUCGUAGUGGUAGAGCAUCAACUUCAGCCACUACUAGAGCCACCGAAUCAGACAUGCUUGAAAUUGAAGAAUUACGUAGAAAUAGGCGUGCAAAGCGUGCAGCUGCAGCUCUUGCUCGUGAAGAAGGCUGGAGUUCAUCAUCAGAAGCACCCCUAAGUCCUCAGAUGUCCCCAGACACACUGAGAGGAUGGCCUCCUCCAAGGCUAACAAGUCCAACUCCAUCGCAAAGCUCUGAAGGCACAACUUCCUCCACCCCGUCCCAACGUAGCAAUCGACUGUCAUCCCGCAGUCGGCGGCAGUCUCCAGCUAGCAAUAGCGAUAGUAGAAAUCAUGGAAAAUCCUCAUCUGGCUCCACGGCUUCCAGCACCCCAAGUAGCCAGGCUUCAGGUAGUAGUAGUGCAGUCAGUACAGACAAGAACCUUGAAGAACCAAAUGCUAAAUAUAAUUGUGACAAUAGCAUCUUGGUCCGAGCACCUUCUUUCUUCCCAUCUGAAGAAGAGUUUACAGAUCCUCUGGAUUACAUUGAGAAGAUAAGGCCUGAAGCUGAGCAGUUUGGUCUGUGCCGAAUUGUUCCCCCAGGCAAUUUCAAGCCAGAGUGUCGUGUGAAUGAUGACAUGAGGUUUACAGCUAAUAACCAGUACAUACACAAGAUGAUGAGAAGAUGGGGACCCAAUGUCAGGACAUUACAUGCCAUUAAGAAGUGUUUGGCCAAACAAAAUAUUGAACUCAACAGCAAUCCUUUGAUUGGCUGCAUGGAGUUGGAUUUGGUUAGGCUUUACGAAGUUGUGGAACAACAUGGUGGCCUGAUGUCUGUCAUAGAGAAGGAGCUUUGGGGAAAGGUUGCUGAUGCCUGCAGAAUACCUCGCUCAGCCCAAGAGAGAUUAGCCAAGCUUGAUUUCAUAUACUGCAAAUAUCUUUUACCCUAUGCUACCCUCUCACAAGAUGAGCGUGAUCAGCUGUUAGCAGAAGUAGACAGAAUCCACAGCCGCAAUCAGCUAGAUCAGAGUGGAGCUAGCAAGAAAACUUCGGGAUCAUCAGAUAAUGAGGAGGAGGAGGAGGAAGAAAGCCUGGACUGCAUUGUUAAGGGAAAGAGCACAGCACUGAGUACCUUUUUCCGCAUUGCACGGAACACUUCAACACAGUGGCAACCAGAUCCUGCAGGUCUGGAAGUAGAUGAGAGAUAUUGGUCCUUGGUUGUUAAUGGAAAUCAGCACGUCUGUGUUCUGUCAGCAAGCAUCGACACUUCUGAACAUGGAUAUGGCUUUCCUAACCACAGAUUGUCACCUCUUACUAAACAUCCAUGGAAUUUGAAAAACCUUUGCCAAAAUCCAAAUUCAAUAUUACGAAGUAUGGGCACUAUUGUAGGUGUUACAGCUCCAACCUUACAUGUUGGGAUGUUAUUUUCUACUGUGUGUUGGUACCGAGACCCUCAUAGUUUACCUUGGAUCGAAUACCUCCAUACAGGAGCAUCAAAGAUAUGGUAUGGUGUAGCAGCAAACCAAGAAGAUAAAUUGUGUGCAGCCUUGAAGAAAAUUGUUCCAGAUUUCAUCAAAGAUUCUGCAAUUUGGCUUCCAUCUGAUACAGCAAUGGUACCCCCAAGUGAACUUGUUCGUGAGGGUGUACGUGUGUGUAGAAUAGUGCAAGAACCAGGACAGUUUGUAGUGGUCUUCCCUGGUGCUUUCACCUCGAGCGUGUGCACAGGAUACCUUAUAUCAGAGAGUGCAUUCUUUGCCAGGCCACAGUACUUUGACAGAGCUCUUGUGUCCUUCAAGGCUCUUCAUGAGUGCUGUGAGCCGUCCAUGUUUUCCCUGGACCGUCUUGUUCUCUCAGUGAUCACAGACCCACGAGUGACCUUAGACGGGCUACUACGAGCCAGAGAACUGGCCUUGCAAGUGGUGGAGAAGGAGAAGAGGCUAAGAGCAGAAUUAUCAGACAUUGGGUUGCAAGCAAGUGAGAGACUCUCAACCCCAGACUCUCAUCGCAAAAAGAAAAGUCGCUUCAUUGAAGAUGAAGAGGAGAAUAUGUGUGAGGUGUGUCGACAGAACCUUUAUGUGGCCUUGGUGACAAAUUCCCAAGAAGAGGCUGUGUACUGUCUUGAGCAUGCCCUCAUUUUCUUGAAGCAAAACCCAACCCAUCUAGAAUACUGCAAGCUUAUGUACACUUACAGCUUGUCGGAGCUGGAUAUAUCACUGAAGCAGAUGGAUGAGCGGAUUCACAUCAAGAGUGGGAAAAAAUCAUCGCCCAACACCAAAAGGACAAAAACCAGGGAACAUCUGGACUCUGUUAGCAGCACUAGUAGUUCAAACCUCUGAUGGUAAUCAAGUUGUGGUUUGAUUCUUUUCAUUCCUCAUGUAAAGUUCUGCCUUGUUUUUUGAAGAAACUAAGUCAAAGUUGGAGGUAAUGAUUGCUAACAGUCUGUUGCAAUUUAGUGUCUUUUGUCUUGUACAUUCCAUUAUUGAAAAUCUUUUGCAAAAGACAGUAAACAUGUGUGACUGAAUGGCAGUCACCCAGUGAAGUAUUUACAGUAUUUGCAGCAUAUUGUCAACAUUGAAAAUACUUUGAGAACCUUGUAUAUUUUCCUUAUAUGUGUGUAUAAGAAAUAUUUCUUUUGGACAAUCAGUACUAAACAAAGGAUUCAGUUUAGGAAAUACUUAUAAUCAGAGAUAUCUGCAAGCAAGGGGGAAUUGUGAAUGCAAUAUGUUUCAUAAAGCAAUGAAUUAUGUAGUUUUGUAUGUAGUUUUUGAGGUGCAAAAUCCUUCUUCAGUCAUGCUACUCAGAGUUAAUCAUUUUGAAAGUAUUUAACAUGAAAUUAAAUGAAAUUGAAUCCUGAGCCAAAGAUGUCUUCCCUCAAAUGGUUGUGUCAUACAGAUAUUUGAAUUUGCCAUGUGACUGUGAGGUAGUAAAUACCAAUUUUGAAAGUAUCAGUAAUUAAAGCCUCUAGUCCAUAUGUCUGAGUUAUAUUAUUAAAAAAGGAAAAAAAGAAUCUGGACUGAAUAUAGUAGCUGUUAUCAAGAAGUGUAUUGUUUGUAAAUCACCUGGAUUCCAGAUAACAGUUGUUGUUUUUUCUCUCUUAUACUAAUAUUGACCAUUGAUAAGUUAUUGAGUACAUAAUCAAGAGUAUUAGAUAUUAAACUUCUUGAAGGGUAUCAUAAGCACCUGAAUUCCAGAUCAUUGUAUUAUAAGGCAAUUAUCUGAAAAUGAAUUUCACAAAGUUCUUCUAUUUACACUGUUGUACUUCAGAUUCUUUGUAACAAAUUUUAAUUCAAAUCAGUGUAGACACUGUAACUUUAAGCUUUAUCCAUUCUGUAAUCAGUGAUUUUAUUUUUCAUGUAACAGAUUUUUAAAUUGAGCCAUUUACAUUAUCCACUGCUGAUAUAGUAAGUUGUAUUAUUUUUUGCUUAUGAGAAAGAUGAGGUUCACAUAGUAUACGGGGUUGUAGGUGUUACAUUUUUUUCAUAUAAGAAAGAAAAAUACUGUAUGUGAUACGGGAUUGACAUAUCAAAAGAACUAAUCUUUGUUUAAUCUUCAAGAGACUACUGGUGAAUUAUGAAAAUGUUUAACUAAAAGUUACUCAUAAUAUGUAUUAAAUCAAUGACAUACUAUAUAGAAAAAACAGGGUUAAUGUAGAUAAAAACUAUUAGCAAGUGAAGAAAUGCUAUAGUGAUGUCCUAUCUGAUGUUAAGUAUAAAUUAAUUAACAGCAAUUUAUUUUUAUGUUAAUAUUAACCAAAAAAUAAUCUUCUUAGGCAUUUAGUAUUUAUUGAUUGUUUAUUUAUUUAUUUUUUUAUUUGUAUUAAUUUUUCAUAUUUUUUAAGGAAAAUUUUCAUGAUCAUAAUUUAUGAGUAAUAUUGUAAAUUCAUUAUUUCCAACUGUAAAGAGGAAUAUUAAUAGAAUGACAAACUCACUUAAAAGAUAAAAAAAGAGGAUAAGAUAAUGAUGGUGCAAUGACUUUGGGUGCAUCUUACAGAGUCAGUUGUGAUGCAAUAAGAUAUUAGCAUGUUUUGUGGUAUAGAAACAAUUGUUUGAAACCAAAUAAUAUUUUUGUAUUUAUUUGUGAUGUGUAUUGGAAUGAAUUAUAUAUAUAUUAGUUUAUGUGUCUUUGUAGGAAAAUAAUAAUUUUAUACCAUAAUCUAGUACUAAGGCUUAACCCUCACACUUCACAAGUUGAUACAAAAGAGGUGCUGUUGAUGAACAAAUUGUGUUGCUCUACCACAGAUACGCACAUUUAUUUACUGGAGGAUUACACUUGAUGUGUUAUUGUACAUAUAAAGAAAAAUAUUGUAAAGAUUGUCAGUGAAUACAGCAUAAACCAAACUGGUAUUAGCUUGUGCAUAUUCACUGUUGUAAUGACAUUAUUUAAAGAUUAUUGUAUCAUAACUAGGCAUAUGGUAGUACUGUAGCAGAGAGCAGCAGUUGUAGAAAUAAUGUAAGUCGGAGAAACUGCUCUUUAUUUUAUUUAUUUAAUUGACAGGCAAUGAAGGCAAAACAUUGGUUGGGAUAUUUCUCAACAUGUUAUGGACUAAUGUGAACUGUAAAUGACAAAGUCUUUAUUCUAAGGAAAACUUAUCUUUUUUCUGUCUCUAUCUCUCUUUUUUUAUGUUUUGCUUUUGUGCAAGGGAACAUGAACUCGCAUGUAGACUAGUAUUACUUACAAAUGCUAAAGGUUCAUGUGGUAGACCUCGCAACCAUAAGAAGAUAACAUUGUAAGUAAUUUCUGAGCCAUAAAUGUGAAGGAUAUUUUUUGAAAUUGUGAAGUUUCCAUUGCAAAAUGAAUAACAAUUGCACAAAAAUUAUUUAUGGCUCAUAUUUGUAAACUUGCAAAUUUCUGCAGUCUUUGUACCUGUACAUUCUGUCUUCAACCCUGGGACUAUGUUACUGUAGGUUCUAGUGACAUUAUUAUUGCAAUUAAUAACUGUGUCAGUUUGAUGUUUCAAUCUCCAUGGAAAGUAAUUCACAACAUGUAUAGAUAGAAGAUGUCCUAAUUUUAGGUAACUUUUUGACCUUUACCUCUUGACCCCAACAGUAUAUACACACAUAUAUAUGUAUUUUUCCCCCUUUUUUUAUGUAAUGAUUCAUAUCAGCUUGCAUAAGCUGAAUCAUGGGGAUGAUUGUUUACUUAUCUCUUGUGAAAAAAGAAAAACACAAGAAAUGGUUGUGUACUUAAGUGUUUUUGAACAGAAUUGGAAGUCCACUUUUUUAUUUUGAAUAUAUCAAAUCUUUGAAAAUUUAAAUACACAUUACUUUUUAAAACUGGGCAUGAUUCACCAUGAUAAAGCUUAGUACUGAGAAGAGAAUUUAUUUCUCUUCCAGAAUUUAACAUUCAAAUUUCUUUGAGUGAAAGGAAUAUCUUGGAAAGAAUGAGUUUGUACCAGUCAGAAUUGACUAUGCACGUUUGCAAUAGAACAUGGAUUUAGUCAUGUUUGUAAAUGCUUUUUUUCUGUAGUUAUCAACAUAUUAUGUUGAUCACAUGAAGAAGCAAAGCCUUAUGGCACCUCACCGUCUUCUUAACGUGCCACUCUACCCAUUGUAUAAAGCUUGUAUAUGACAUAUUUAAGAUGUUUUAAAUCUUAUCAGCAUCUGAUUUUUUGCUAUUUUCUCAGAGACCUGAUGAUGGUGAUGUAAUUGUAAUGAAGAAAAUCUUGAGUUCUUCAUGGUAGAUUCUGUCAUAGAUUUAGAUUUGUAAUAGAUUGUUGUAAUACAUGACAGUUCAAGUUUCAGAUUCAAUUAGUUAGCAAAAUCAUUUAGGUCAAAAAUAUGAAUAUACCAUUUAAGAAUUGUGGAAUUUAUCAUAUUGUCAAGAUUUCAUUGCUGUUUGUUGCAAGAUUGGUAAACAUGUAUUACAAAUGCAUUUAUAUUGUCAAUAGGGAGGGUAAUCUAUUGACUUACUUGUGGAGCGAUAUUAAUGUGUGCUGCUGUAAAGGCUUCCAAUUUUCAGUUCAGCAUUCUGUGAUAAAGCAAUUUAAUUUCUGCUGUAAUGUAGCGUUCCCAUGAGAUAUCAGUUUUUUUCUUUUGUAAAUAAUGGCUUGGUAGAACACCACCAAGUAUGGAAUACUUGAAAGUAAUACUUUUAUUUAUUUAUAUUUUUUGUACUCCAGUUGCUAUAUUGGUGGAUAGUGAAGAUGCAGGUGAGUUUAGAAGCAUCUACAUUUAUUUUUAUUUUUAUUCCUCUUCUUAUGUAAUCCAUGCAUAUCAUUUACUCUGUAUUAUUUUUUACUUAUGUUUCAUUUUCUUAAGUAUGCAUUUUAAGAAAAACUAUGAACCUCCAGAUAAGAUUCCCCAUGUCUGUAAGCUCAAUUCUACCGUAGGAUUUUUGUUAUGAAAAUAGCAAGUAUAUAUAUAUGUAUAUGUACCAUUUCAGGCUACAUAUAUAAUAUACAUCCAUUUUGAGUAUAUUGUCCUUAAUUUUGCUCAAACUAGAGACAACUCUAAUGCCAUCAUUACUUAUACUCAUCAAGCUUUGAGCAUUUACAUCCCCUUGUUUACAAGUACUACUUUGCUUGGCAUUAAAGACAAUACCUUCCUUUUUUAUUAUUUUUCAAUUGCAGGUGUAUAGCAUUGAGCAGAAGAAAGUUUCCUAAAAGUUUUAUGUUUCCAUUACUCACUAAUUUUGCAGAAUAGGAAAGUUAGUAUAUUAUGUCAGCCAUUUCAACAUGAAAGUCAAGUAUGCAAUUCGUAUCUCUAUUUUGACAUCAUAAAUAUUUCUACCAUAUAUUAUUUUAUAACGUUUGUGAAAUGAAUGGACAAAAGGCUUUUUAAGUAUUGGUUUCUGACAUAUAUAGCAGAUACCAUAAGCAUAUGAAUAAGAUAAAUAGUUGUGGAUUUCAAGUCUGAUCUGCUAUCUGGAACUCUCCUGUGGAACACUGCCAUACAUGUUGUACUUUUGACACAACUGUGGCUUUUGUACAGAAGAUGAAUGAAUAAAACACAUUUUCAUAAUAAU